AUGGCGUCCUACAACCCCAGCCCCAGCUACCCAGCCCCCUCAGCCCCGCCGCUCUACCCGACGCUCGCCAUGGCGGACCUCGCCCCCGUCGAGAUCCCCUCCUCCCCGGGCACGCCCAACUCGCCCGCCGCUCCCCCGCCCUCCGAGGACAUCCUCCUCCUCAUCCCCGCCACCCAGCUCCACCUCAUCGACCGGCACCGCAGCCACCCGCUCGCCGCGGGGGACCUCACUCUCCUCCGCAUCGGGGCCGGCUCCACCUCCCUCGCCGCCAUCGCGCAGCUCGGCCCCGUCCAAUUCCCUCCGACCCGCGACGUGGCCGCCGUGAAGCACGACCCCUGCCACUACUCCUUCUCCCUGACCGUCCCAGCCUCCGCUGACGACCCGGCGCCCGGCCCGCUCCACUACGGCCUCACGCUCCCGCGCCCCGACCCGCGCCUCGACGGCGUGCUCGCGGCCUGCACCAGCUUCUCCGCCCACUCCGUGGCCAGCAGCGAGGGGCUCGCCGGCGGGGUGGGCGGCGAGGUCGAGGCCGCCGCGUACUGGACCGCCGUCGCGCCAAACGUCGAGGAGUACGGCGGCGCGGUCGCCAGGGCCAUCGCGCCGGGCGCCGAGGGCCUCGCCAAGGGGAUCAUCUGGUGUGGGGUCAUGACGGUGGAGAGGCUCCACUGGGGGAACGAGGUCCUCAGGAAGAGAAUCCAGCCUGGGGACACUGACGCCGAGGUCACCCCCGAGAUGCUGAAGCGAAUCAAAAGGGCUAAGAAGGUCACAAAAAUGUCCGAGAAAGUGGCAACCGGAAUACUGUCCGGAGUCGGGAAGGUUACUGGCCAUUUUACAAGCUCAAUAGCUAACUCAAAAGCUGGAAAGAAGUUUUUCAGCCUACUGCCUGGAGAGAUUGUUCCGCGCCGCUGCUCCCCCGAGCCCUCCCACGACGCCCACCUACCCAUCCCGUGCUGUAUGACCGCCAUGUGGUAUUACCUGUUCCUUGGCAUAUGUUUCUGCAUGUCAUGUUAG